AUGACCCAAUUAAUCGCAAGACCCGGCCGCAAUGCCGCCCGCCAGGCGAAAAAGGCAAAGGAGAUCCGGCACGUCAAGGGCGCCAUCGUCUGGCACGAGAAGCAGCGGCUGAAGCGCAAGCAGCUGAUGCGCGAGCAGUUCGAGGCCAAGCAGACGUGGAUGCAGCGCGAAAAAUGGGAGCGCGACAACAUCCUCGAGGUCAAGCGCAAGGCCCUGCGCAACGCCGCCGAGGACUGGAAACUGGGCCCGCUGCGGCCCAACCGCGCCGUCAACGUUGAGCAGGGCAAGUACGCCGUCGUCCAGCCCACCCAGGUCCAGAAGCCCGAGAUCCCCACAAAGGUCCAUGCCCGCCGCAACCUGCACAACGAGAAAAAGGGCCUCGCCCUCGAUUACCCCCUGGUCGUCGACGACAAGAAGUACUUCCCCAUUGUCAAGGGCGACCGCGUCGUCGUCCUCACGGGCAAGGACAAGGGCAGCAUCGGGACCGUGAUAGCCACCGUCCCCAGGACCCACGAGGUCAUCGUCCAGGGCGUCAACAUGGCAUACUACGACUCCAACGUCUUCAACACGGGCGACCAGGACAUCGGUCCCAGGCGCGAGAGCGAGAUGCCAUUGGCCAUGGACAACGUCCGUCUCGUCGUGCCCUACGCCUCGACAUCGUCCGGCCCCAGCGGCCAGAACAUCUACGAGGACGUCAUUGUCGACAACCUUGUCUUCGAGCGCCACACCACAGGCAUCGAUCCAUUCACAGGCACCGACUACGGCGACGCUGAGAUCCCCAAGGAGCACCAGUACGACCCUGAAACGGGUCUUCCGAUCUUCCACCGGUACAUCGCCGGCACACGCUACAGGAUCGCGUGGCCGUGGGAGACGGAGACAAAGGCAGCCGACAGCAGCGCCCCAGCGCCCAACAAGAAGGCUGCCCAGGGCUGGCUGUCCAAGACACUCGGCACCCUCCGCCACCCCAUCACAACCUUGCAGAGCUGGCGAAACCCUGCAAGCAACAAGAAGCCCAAGCGGGCACCCUCCACCCUUCCCCUCUCCGUCCAGGUCGAGAACAUCGAGCACAGCCAGCUCCGAAAGCAGCGCCGCGCCAUCCUCCGCAGCGAAGACCCCAAGCACAAGGAAGCCCACGACGCCGUCGACACAACACGCAACAUCGUCGAGGGCUCCGACUCGAUGAGCUACACACUUGUCGCGCCUCCUUUCCCCGACACGCUGGGCCAGGAGCUGCACGGCGACAUAGUAGAGCGCAACGCCAACGCACGCCACGACAGCGAAGCACCUUACAAGCCCAUCCACGCCAAGUACAUGAGCCCCAAGGCGCAGGCGGCGCAGGACUUUGCCCAGAAGAAGGCCAAGGCGGCCGAGCGCAUGAAGACACCCAUGCAGCUGCGAUGGGAGCAGGAGCAGGCUAAGAAGCAGGCAGCCAAGAAGGAGAGUCCGGCCGUGGACACGGACACGCUGCUCGCGGCACUGGGGCAGCACAUGUCUGCCAACGGCGUGAAGCUGACAUCAAAGAGGAGGGCAGCCAGUCAGGUCGAGGAGCUCGAUUAG